AUUUGUCAUGGCAACGCGAGCGGCGUAUUUACGAGCGCAACUGUCACGCUAAAAAAUAUCGGAACCCUUGUGACUUUGAGGGCUGUCAAACGACCGAAAGGGCCAUCAGACCAGACUUCGGUGUGCUGAAGCUGUAUUAUUUAGUGCUCCGUGAUCCCGAAUGUACCAGCCUAGCCAGCUCGGGAUGAAUUACAGCAGAACGUUAGUUUCGAAUUGGCACCAAAACAGGGAGGCAGAACCAAAAGAUUAUGAUCUCACUGCAUGUCGAGAUGGACAAAAGAAGUUACACAAGUCAACAUAUAAACAUUUUGGGACGUGCUUGGAUGCAGACUGGAGCACAACAACUGAAACCCACAUGUCUCAGUACCUUUUAAAGAAAGAGUAUGAGGCCAAGGAAACUCCUAAAUCAAUGGUGCAAGCCAGUUCCUUCCAGUCUUUGGUAUUUGACAGAGAAGCAGGACAUACAGGGUGCAAAUCCAUUCUACCCCGCCAUCGACCAGACUAUAAUGACAUGGAACUGUGUACUGUAUAUGCAUUGGAUUACCUCCCCCCACGUGCCACCACCAAGGAGGCAGUACCGGUCAAGGCUGUGAUGGACAAGAUGGUUGAUUUCAGAAGGCGGCAGUCACACUUCACUGAUGUGGCGGACCAUCGGCGGCAGGGCCGAAAUACCUGGCAGGAUAUGAAUGAGGCACAGGCCAAAGUCUGUGGAGUGAUGAAGCCACUCUAUACAGAUAUGGAUAUGUAUCCCAGUCACCCAUAGAUGUGUUUUCUCUUCUUUUGCUUUCUUGCUUUCUUAAAGCUGUUGCUGUACACAAUUAGUAUUGUUGUUACUGUUAUCAUUAAUCAUAAGAAUAGCUUUUUUCAUGUUUGGUUCUCGUGCACAUUUUACAGACAUGUAAUCUAGGAAUAGCCUGCAUUCCUUAUAUGCACUGAACACACACACAAAACCUGCAUGCAGCCAGACCAAGUCAGUGGUGUCAUUUGCUCACUGUCUCUAUGGGAACUCAUCUGCACAGCGGUUACAUAAAUCCAUCCCUCAGCUCGCUCUCUAAAGUGCCUCCAGCUUCCCUGCUUUACUGUUCCACCUGUUCAUUCCAUUUUCCUUCGUUCAUUCAGAGGGGAUCAUGUGCUCCAUGCACACAAAUUAAGGCCUUCUCUCCACAUUUCCAGAGGUGCUUUGGCUCCCCUCAGCACAAAAACUGCAGAGUCAGCACAGAGUGGAACUGCAUUGAAUCACAAAACUUACACAAAAUGUAUAGCUUUUUUCUUAGCAGUGUACAUUCCAUACCCACAUCAUUUUCUUUAUCCCAAUCUGUUGUUACCAUGGACGAUAGUGUUGUGCAUCUCCUAGAGACAGUGACAUCAUUUUCCUCUGCUAGUUUAUGGCUUUUCUUUUUUAAGAGAAGGCUUCAUGCCAUCACGUUGGAGACAACCGCAAAGGCCUGACUGCCAAUUAUUGACCCACAUAAAGCAAGUGGGUCUAUAUUUUUGGAAUGAAGUAUCUGUUCUGUGCACGGCUCAGCCUAAACGCUUCAAGCUGCCGUCUAUCUCUGUAUUACAAAGUAUCUUAAUCAAUGACUUCUUAACAAAUCAUUCCUAAAUGUCCAGAAGCUUACAGUAGCUGUUACAGUAGUUAGGAGCCAGUAAGUAGUUCAGAAAUAUGGUAUAAGCUUGAUUUUAAGGAUCAGCUGUAGGCAUUUAAAGGGGCUUUAUCCUACAUUUGUCUUGUAAAAUGGUUCUUUCCCUGAAGUCAACUAUACGUUUUGUGUAGUUUUAUGUACCAUAACAGUCACAAUUCAUUUUUCCAUGACCAUUUUCCAACCUCUACCCAUCCCUCAGAAUUAAACAUGCUGUAUAUCUUUAAGACUCAUAUACGGAAAUGAUCUCUGUCCUGACCUCUGGUUGGUUGCCCUUAUUUGUGCCGCAUUUAAACUGCAGUCUGGCCUGAAGCAGUCCUCAUAUUUUGAGGACCUUUUGAAAACUUUGUUGUCAUGGAAAUAAUAAUGGCGUGAUGAGUGCUUUAGCCUUUAAUUAUUAUUAUUAUUAUUAUUAUUAUUUUAAACUAUGUGUCACAAUUAUUGACACUUGCAUUUUGUUUUUUGUACAACAUAACAAUAAUGAUUACUACAUUGCUUAUCCCCUUAAAUGGCUGGGGCCCACCAGCAGGCCCAAAGUUUCACUACACACUUUAAUAACCUCUACUCAUUUAUAAAAAGUAACUCAACUAGUUUGCAUUGUAUUCUGUAUAGUUACUGAAUAAUAACACUUAGUGUGUUAUAGGCCUGGGAUUUUAAGGGGUUGAAGAACACAGAGCAAGGACUCUCCUGUUCCUCCAGGAUCCGAGGUCCUCUCUUUUGGACUCAUCUUCAGUACACCCCACAGGUUUACAGUGGAGUUCAGGUCAGGGAACUGGUGUGGCCAUGUGAAAAGCUUGAUUCUGUGGUCACUGUGGCGAUUUUUGUGUGGACUGGGUGUUUGCUUUGGAUUAUUGUCCUGCUGGAACCUCAACCCAGUUUCUGCCUUGUGGGAGGGGGGUGGGGGGAGUGUAUACUGGGCAUGCGGUGCUUUUCUAUAUAACCAUCCUUCUUUUGAAACCAAACUCAAAUUGAGUGUUUGUUGAGUGUCUAUUUUGUCUCAUCUGACUAUAGCACCCACUUCCAGUCAAUGUUCCAGUAGCAUCUAGCAAAAUCAUGCUCUUUUGAUUGUGUUACAGUAAAAGACAAUGCUUUCCUCUGGUCUUUUGAACACUUUGGUGGCAUUGAAUUGGUGUCUAAUUGCAGUUUUGGGGACUUGGUGACACCAAAAUGCUACCAUCCUCUGCAAAUCUACAACCGUGAUCCUUGAAGAAAUGUAUACUUCUUUAGCCAUCCUGUUUUUCAAACAUUUUUACCAUUGUGUUUUGGGGUUAAAAAACAUGCAUCAUCUUCCAGACAGGUUCACUACAGCUUUGGUUGUUCUAAACUUCUUAAUUAUUAUCCAUACAGUGCAAACUUAAAAAUAUGACUCUUUAAGGUUUCUUUAGUACAGGCAAUGGUUCUUUGAUCCAUUUCAUGCUUAAAUGCUUCUUUGCAUAUACAGCACAUUCUGCAUCAAUCUGAAGAACCAUUGUAAAGAACCAUUUAAGCAUGAAAUGACUCUAUAUAGAAUGAACUCAAUUCUAAAAUGAACUCAAAAACCAUUGAAGAAUCAUCUUUUUUAAGUGUGUGGAUACAGGCAUUUUCAGGUGUCUUGCAAUUUUUAUGGCUGUUGUUUGAUUCAUUUGAUUCAUUUCAUUUGUGUAUUCUCUAAUCUCGCAUAUAUUGAUGAAUGACUUAGACUAUGUUCAAAAUCACAUCCUAUUUUGCUAAUUAUACUACACCAAAGAUUGCACCAAUAAUAGUUAUGCUCUAUGUGUUUUUUAGUCCUCCAAAGCCAAGGUUCAGUUUUAGGGCCUUUGCUGUUCUCUUUGUACAUGUUACCUUUAGGUGAUGUCAUUAGAAAACAAUAUGUUAAUUUUCAUAGCUAUGCUGAUGACAUGCAAUUAUACAUUUCCAUUCCUUCUGAUAAUCAAGACUCUGUAGACUGAACAGCUGUAGGUCAGAUAUUUCUCAGUGGAUCUCUGAGUUGAUUUUUAAAACAAAUCAUGAAAAAAAAAUGAAAUACUGAUCAGUGGUACUAGGAAUCAGAGAAAGCUACUUCAUGAGAAGCUUGAAUCUUAUGCUUCAUAUGCCAAACCUAAAGUACGAAACCUGCAUGUGAUCUUAGACUCUGAGCUCUGUUUUAUCCCGCAUGAAAACAUAGUCACUAAAGCAGCUUUUUAUAAUUUGAGAAAUGUUGCUAAAGUUCAGCCUUUUCUAUCUCAGAGCAGUGCGGAGAAACCUCUUCAUGCAUUUUUUCAAGCAGAGCUGAUUAUUGUAAUGCACUUCUUACUGGACUCCCUAAGAAAACUAUACAUCCUCUACAACUCAUACAAAUAGCAGCAGCACAAAUUCUAACAAAAACAGAAAAGAGAGAUCAUAUCACUCCUGUUUUAAAAGAACUGCACUGGCUACCUGUACCUUUCAGGAUGGAUUUUACAGUAAUGCUACUAGAUUUAAAGGCUCUAAAUUAUCUUAAAACAUUGGCUUACAUUACAGAAUGUCUGUGUCUUUAUGCUCCAGUAUGUGAUCUUAGAUCUGCAGAUACUGGCCUUCUGCAGAUACUGGCCUUCUGCAGAUACUGGCCUUCUGCAGAUACUGGCCUUCUGCAGAUACUGGCCUUCUGCAGAUACUGGCCUUCUGCAGAUACUGGCCUUCUGCAGAUACCUUCUGUAAAAUACAGAAAACUUGGCAGGGCCUCGUUCAGUUAUUCUGCUUCUAAACUGUGGAACUCAAUUCCAGCCUAAUGCUUACUUUUAAGAAACACUUAAAAUCUCUUUAGCUUGGCAUUUAAUUAAACGUAAAACGAUGUCUCUUGGUAUUUAUCUUUUAAUUUUAUCUGUGUCCUUUUCUUAUGUGAUUUUAAUUUACUCUUUAUGCUUUAUGACCUCUCUGCCACCGGCAUGAAAAGUGUGAUAUAAAUAAACAUUAAUAUUAUUA